AUGGAUGAUGAUGGCCAACUAAAGUCUAUUGAUUUAAAUCGUAAAGUACAAAAAGCACUAUGUAGUAAUCAGUUACAGAAUACAUGCCAGCUAAUGGUGGAAGCGAUGAGUUAUACAGAUUGCAAGCCAUUUUUAUCACGGAAGCCAGAUAAUUUAAUACAGGACUACAUCGAUGAAUUGAUCGAUCAAUAUGAUCAUGUUAUCGAUAUAUUUCGUAAAGAACCAAAGGGAUAUAUAAGUAAAGCUGCAGUUCUAGUAUUAGCAAAUAAAUGGACUGAUGCAAGAUUAACUUUGGGUAAAGGUCUUAUGGUAUGCAGCGACAAAGACGAAAUAAGGGAAGCUCUAAACCGAUUGAAUCACGUAUUUCGAGAAACUGAAAGCGUCAAAACAUCUUCCAAUAGACUGAAUUACUAUAAGCGUAAGGAAACGUCUAGUUUACCGACUGUUAAAGAUGAAGAAAGUGUUGAAAUGUAA